GGGUAUAAAAGCUUGCAACCGCCCAAUUCAAACCAGUUUUUGAAAUACUUCCAUCAACCCAAAAAGUCUUAAAAUGUUAGCGAUUUUGCCGAUGGCUUGUCUAUGGGCAGGAUUUUUCGUUAGAAGUGAGGCCCAUGACUUUGUAAUCCCAAUUGAGGGUGAGGAACUGCUUUAUAAAACUUCAGAGGUUUUCACUAAACAAAUCGCCGUAAUCAACUCCAGUGCCCAAAUUGGUGUUGUCCUGGACCCUUUAGGAGAUCGCGUUCUCAUCCUGAACGGAGAAACUGGCAGAGGGGUCGUUCUCAACAAACGCCUAGGCUUUGGAGUGGAAGUGGAAAGUAGCGGCUGGUCGAUUUAUAAAGAAAGCCUGCAGGACUACCUGAAGGAUGUGGACAUUGACGGUCUGGUGGAUGAGAACGACGAUAGAGAAUUCCAGUUCGAAGUAGCAUCGGGGGGCGAAGCCCGAGCUUUCAUCCACAACUCGCUGCGGCGAUUUGCUCCGGAUUUCCUGGCGGAAAUCCAAGAAGAUGCAGGAGACCUGAUAAGUGGAGUGCUGCGCUUCUUCGGCUUUAUAAUCUAUCCCUUGAAAGUAACUCUUGCCCCCCUGUUAAAUAUGGUAACGACCAGUUGGGUGGUCUUCAAAGGGGGCUUUUUGGCAUUGGUCAACAUUUUCAAAUGGAUUGGCAAGCUGGUCGCGGCCAUCCCAGGCGGAGUGGGAAUGUUAGCAAUUGCGGCUGUUCAACUCCCGUUGUCUGCAAUAAUAGAGGCUGCCGACGGCGCCAAGGCGUUCUUCUUCAUACUGAGAGCGAUAGCUCGCAGUCUCAACUUGAUGAACGUUUUGAAGUUUGUCCUAACAUCCGCCGCUGAAAUAACCAAAUUUAUAGUUGGUCUAGGUGGUCUGGUCGUCAAGGGAAUCACGGGCAUCUUCAGCAUAGUUUCGCGACUGUUCUCAUUCAACAUUUGGAAGAUCGGAUCGGCCAUCAAGGGCUUCACCGAACUGAUUCUGACCUUCAUAAGAGGAGACCGGGUGUCUCAUGACACCGUCAAGAACAGUUGCAAGGAGUUGCUGACAAUCCCCAACGAGCAACAGACUCAGUUUGGGAAUGGAGAAGAGUUUCGGGAAUACCGGGAGUUCUUGGGCGGAGUGUCCGGCGAUGUAAGCUACAAAAUUCAUGGCGUGGUUGUGGCUCCAUUCGUCAAGAUUCUGACGCAAAGAUCCAGCUCAGCAAAGGCCACCAUUGUAUCCGCCCUGGAUAUGCUCAAUCCCUUGGUUCCGUUCCAUGUUUCGCUUCCUCAGCUUCUGGUGAACAUGGUCAAGUCCCUCAACACCACCGAAGGGUCUGCCUAUGUGGAACAACUGAUGCCCAAUUUGAGAAUUCCCAAGGAUGCGCUAUCCGAAGCAGGCAGCGUUUUACGAGCCGGCGUUCCGGAAGAAUCUAUAGAAGAAAUGGUGAAUCUCCCAGCUCCAGACUUGCUGAGGAAAGUGCCUAUAGUAAGGGACAUUUACAAUGAACUGGAUGAGGCGGCUCUUCAAUACCGCAACGCAUCACUGGACACUUUCCUGGAGAGCCACCAUGUGGGCGAGUUGGUGGAGUUUACAACCAAAGCAAUUGGUCUUGUGCGUUAAUUGUUAUCCGUCGAUUAGGAUUGGGGUGUUGAGAAGAAUAAAUAAUCCAAACCACA